AUGCACCCGACUGCCCUGCAACGAAAGGACUCGCGGGUUGAUCUGCUCGAAAUGAAGACAUAUGCCGACAUUGACGUGGACGUGGACCCGAUCGUCGUUCUCGGCUGCGGACACUUUUUCACGGCGGAGACGUUGGACGGACUCGUGGGCAUGAGCACGGCAUAUGCGUCUGAUCGCGAAGGUCGUUUCACGGGCUUGGUUGAGCUUUCUGGCGAAUUUGCCAAGACACCGCGGUGUCCGGAUUGCAAGCGUCCGGUGAGGCAGUACGCGACACGACGCUACAAUCGAAUCGUCAACAGAGCAGUCGCGGACGAGUCAGCCAAAAGGUUUCUAGUCGCAGGCAAAGAGAAACUGAAAGUUAUCAACCUGAAGCUGGAAAAGCUGCAAGAGGAGCUCAUCGAAUCGCAUUCAGGAAUUAUGCGAAUCAUUACUCUGGCAGCAGGUCAGAGAGAGUCCCUAGACCAGCGCCUGCGGAUUCGUUAUGGGAAAAGCCUGAAGCUGCGUCGCGAGAUACAAGAUUUCUGCAAGGGAUCUUCGGAUAGAUAUCAGCCGUAUCAUAAGCUUUACGAAGCCACAAUUCACAAGCUGCGAAGAACUGAAUCAGAUACUUUACACGGCGGCUUCGCAGCUCUGUCCUUGCAGAGCCCACCUCAGCGCCGCGAGAGAGAUUGUCGUGUGGCCCUUGCCGGCGAGAUGGCAGAUGUCAAGCUGGGAUUCAUCAUAUUGGAAGACAUGUUCGACCUGUUGUCGGCAAUGAAAAAGGCAAACCUCUCGCAGGCACCGAAAUGGCCCGGUGGUUCUCCGCUACGAAGCGCCAAAUUGUUUCUGGAUUCUUGCGCAUCGCUGAUUACCCGCUGCCGUGCCGACGCGUUGCCCAAACUCGCCGUCGAGGCUAUGCUGUAUCAUGCCCGAAUGGCGCACAUGUAUCGGUUCAGCCCGCGUUUGGACGACGAAGGCAAGGCGAACGCGAGCGGUUUGCUGGGCGAAGCGAGGGAAAACCUCGAGACAGCAAGCCGCUUGUGCGAGCAGCCUUUCCAGGACGCCGAUACGUUGAAGGAAGCGGUUCGGAAAACCAGGCGGCUACUGGAGGCGGACCGGUAUGAGGCCGUCAGCCCGGAAGAGAUUGCAUCGAUCAAAAAGGCCAUGCUCAGCGGGCGCGGUGGAAUGGCGACGCACUCUGGUCACUGGUACAAUUGCGUCAAUGGACACCCGUUUGCGAUUGGCGAAUGUGGGAUGCCGAUGGAGCAGGCGCGCUGUCCCGAAUGUGGCGCGACCAUUGGCGGUCAGCAUCACCAGAGUGUUGCUGGUGUCUCACGCGCCGAGGCCAUGGAGAAUUAG